GAUGUCAGUCAGUCAGAGGGCUCUCGGUGCUCCUAUAUUACCAUGUGUGCUAUAACUGAGUAUUCCUGGCCAUCAGCGGGCAGGCAGAGAAGAAGAGGAGGGGAGGAAAAGUGUGUUUACACAGACGGCAAACCGCCUGGGGAAUCGUAGGGGAGAGGAAGUCAGCCGGCUCUGUGUCUGCCUGCUCCAACUUCCUGCUCAGAAAAAGAAAAAGCCCAGGAUCCUAUUUCAGUCCAGCACAACUGUGUAGACGAGAAGUAAGCAUGGAAAAACAAGGAAACAUACGACUUUCAUCAUAAAAUUUCAAGGAGACAAAGACCAAGUAGAGAUCGCAGGUAUGGACAGUGCCAUUACCUUGUGGCAGUUCCUGCUGCAGUUGCUGCUGGACCAGAGUCACAAGCACCUGAUCUGCUGGACGUCCACAGACGGGGAGUUCAAGCUCCUCAAGUCAGAGGAGGUGGCCAAGCUGUGGGGUUUACGCAAGAACAAGACCAACAUGAACUACGACAAGCUGAGCAGAGCCCUGCGCUACUACUACGACAAGAACAUCAUCAAGAAAGUGAUUGGCCAGAAGUUUGUCUAUAAGUUUGUGUCCUUCCCUGAGAUCCUGAAAAUGGACCCCCAGGCAGUGGAGAUGGGUCUGGCUUCUGGCCGGUUGCCCCUCCAGGAAGGAGAGGCCCCUGAGCUGGAGGUAGAGGAGGAGGAGGAAGAGGAAGAAGAGGAAGAGGCCCAGAGGAGGACCCUGGCAGCCUUGGGGGCGCAGGCGUGUCGUAACGACUACCUCCGUUCAGGGCUCUACUCCUCCUUCAGCAUCAGCUCCCUGCAUAACCAGCCUGAGCUUCUCCGCGCCCUCCGAGAGCGCCAGGAGGAGCCACGCUCUGUCAUCCGCUUUGGGGCUAAUGCAAAUGAGAGGACCUCCUCUCCCUCCACCAAGGCUGAGUCCUACAUCUCCUCUGGGCCGUCCAAACAGUCCCCCCUUUCCCGCUCCCCCUCCUCCCCUCACACCCAAACUUCCCAGCCCAUGCGGAGCUGGAGCCCUGUCGCUGAAGAGGAGGACUCUGACCAGGGGGCUCAGCCUCUCAACCUGUCCUCUGGGCACAGGGAGCGAGCCCUGCGGCCUCCGGAGAAGAGGAGCAGCAGCAGUGGUAGAAGUAUCAGUAGCAGUAGUAGUAUCCAAGGAGAUGGACUCCCAUCAAAAAGCAAAAAGCCCAAAGCUCUGGAGAUCUCCACCCCGUCCCUGCUGCUUGCAGGGAGCGACAUUGGCUCCAUUGCCCUCAACAGCCCGGCGCUGCCCUCUGGCUCCCUCACUCCUGCCUUCUUCACUGCACAGACUCCCUCUGGUUUGCUGCUGGCCCACAGUCCCCUGUUGUCAGGCAUCCACUUCUGGAGCAGCCUAAGUCCCGUUGCCCCGCUCAGCCCCGCCAGGCUGCAGGGCCACAGCUCCCUCUUCCAGUUCCCCAGCCUAAUCAACGGACACAUGCCUGUCCCCCUGCCAAACCUGGAAGGAACUCCCUCCUCCCUGCUCCUAUCCCCCACCACACACAAAUCCUGAUCCAGGGUCUGUAAAGCCCCCCAUCUUCAUCCAUGUUGAAAGAUUCUUAUUGGCAGCAGCAGCAGCAGCAGCGAUUUCUUGUUCAUCUUGUCAAAAUUUGCUUCAAAUCUAAUUAAGUCCUAUGAGACAGUAUGUGACCUCACUUUUUUGCACUUAAGUUGCUUCAUAUUCCUGUAGUUGAAAGCACUUGGUAAAAGCCAUAUGCCAUGAUGUCUGGGAGAUGUCUGGCUCUUCGUGAUAAAGUACAGCACAUUUCCACAUGACCCUGUCCUUGGUGGACAGUAGUGAAGUGUAGCUAGCUGAAAAAGACUAGCCAGCCGUUCACACCAAGCAGAGAGCUUGGUUUUAAUCUUGUACAAAUAUCUUAUUUUUUUUCCGCAAAAUGCUCAUCAUGAUGUGAAACUGGUUGUUUCACUUGUAUGGAAUUGUAUGUCUUUUAUGCACUGUGCUUCUCAGAUACUACCGGCUGUGCCUUGUUGUCUUUAUUUUCCUCUUUUCAAAAAAAAAAAAACAAACAAACAAAAAAAAAAAAAACCUUUUUAU